GAAAUGAUCGAGUGUGAAUCAGCUGAAGAAAAAGUAGAAGGGAUGGACAAACCCAGUGACUCUGAAGACCAAGUUAAAAAUACGGGCAAUGUAGGAUGUGAGAACCCAGCUUCUGAAGAAGAGCGUCUAGCGACUUUUGUGGAUCCACCGCCUCCACAUAUCUCGGACCAACUAGAUACGGGCAGGAAAUCUAUGCUCUCUUGGAAAUCACCAUUUUCUGUACCUGUUUCUUUGGGUUGCUCAAACACUUCAACUGAUCGAACGGACUUUCAAUGCUCUUCCACCAGCUCGACUGAAGAUGUGGAUUGCCUUGUCUGCUUUAACCGGUACAGUUGUAGCAGGUUGCCCAAGCUGCUUGCCUGCCAGCACACCUUCUGUGCAGUCUGCCUGAAGUUGAUCCUGCGGAAUGAAGACAACACCUGGAGAAUUGCUUGUCCCGUCUGCCGAAAAGUCACCACGGUCUUCGGAGGGCUUAUCUGCAGCCUCCCUAACAGGGAGGACAUUGGACACUUAGCCAACCAUGCCCCGAAUACAGAGACGUUUUUCUCUCCAGACACUCACAGUGAGACCCUGGUGAUUCAUAGUACUUUCUCUACCAGCCGAGAUGAAGAACUUGGUUACAGGGUGGCUGCCAAGCGAUUGAUGUUCCUUCUCUUGCUUUUAGUGAUCCUCGUCGUCUUCACACUCCCCUUCGUGUACGGUGGCCUGUUGACGUGGGUUCUUUACUUUGCUGUUGCUUUAGGAUUGAUUGGGGUGGGGGUGCUUUUUUGCAAUCCAAACUGGCGUUGCAGCUGCUCCAACAUUCCAACCCCCUUCUGGUGCAAAUGCACACGCCGCAUUGCAUCUGCUGCCUAAAACGUUCCCUAAGCGGGGGGUCGGGGGAUGCUUUGGACCUCAACUAGAUUCUGCCACUACGUUCUGCCUUGUGAAAAGUGGCUUCAUUAAACUGCUUUUGACUCCUGACUUGUCGAGUCACGUAGAUAACAGUCGGUUCUCUGAUUUUGUCACACGAGUUCUAGAACUCUUCGCCCUACUGCCUUCUCAGGAGUGCAAGAGGCAGCUAGAAUGUUGCCUUCAGGGGCGUUCUAGGGCAAAGUGUUCUGAUGUGUAAACAGGCCUCCUUCCUUGCCUGAGUGGUACAAGAGCUCCUUGCUUGAGUGACGGCAGAGGCCAUUUGGGCAUUGCCCUGGAGUAUCUCUCAUGGCAGCAGCACUGGGGGAGAUGCUCUGGGUGCUGCCUCCCACAUUGGUGCAUGCCUCCUCAGGCAAGUGACAUGAAGGAAUUGCAAGGCAACUGUAGAGCACCUCUGCCCACAAAGUAGGAGCCCUGCAGGCAGCGAGAGAUGAAAAUCAACUAGGUGGAUCAACUGAUCAUCUGACAUCGCAUGACAGCGUUGUACACUCAUCUGGAGGAGCAAAGGAGCUGGAUAUCUUGCUCCACUGGACUUCUGCUCCAACCUGGACCUGUAAAUAG